UUUACACUUACCAGUACAUUCUCAACCACAGAUUUUGAAGAAAGAAGAUCACAAGCAAAAGAGAGGGGCUUGCUGAAACGCGAUAACUGCUUUGUGGGUAUCUCUGAUUUUCAUUUGAGCAUCGAUUAUCGCAUUCCAAGAAACUUGGGUUAGAGUCUUCAUCGACUCAAACAUCUUCACCACAUCAGCAGGACUACCGAUUUGUGCAUAGAAGCUUAGAAUCGAGAUUUGGUGUUGCUAACUCCUGUCAUUUCGUGAAACAAUAACAGAGCAUCUUGGUAAAGAUCUAGAUGGGUAUAACAAGUGAGCACUGUGUUCCAAACAACUGUGUCUCUGUGGGGCAUUUCAUCGAACAGUUUUCGGGCAUUUGUAACUCUCCCUGAUUUUGCAAGAUCGAUCAAGACCCAUUAACCUACAACUCUCCCUGAUUUUGCAAAUAUGAUCCCAUGUAAUAAAUAUGCUACAAGAUCGAUCAAGACCCAUUAACCUACAACUCAACUUCGGCGAUUUGGCUGCUGUCGUCUUUGAAUAUAUGAACAAUUAGGUUUGUUCUCCUUCGGUACCAUCAGACCUGUUAAAAGUGCUAUUAAAUCUGGAAAUAGAAUAAAAAUAUUGUUCUUGAUGACACACACUGAAUUGUAUGUCUUUGAAUAUAAGCAUUUGUUGCUACUCCUAUAUAUACUACAAAACUAGUAGAAAAAACACAUGCAAAAAUAUAACUCCACGUUCAUUUCCAUCAACGUCCACAUGCAUCAAAUUCGGUCAACAUCCUUCCCCUUUGAUCUCGGUCAAAUCUGACCAUUUCUUUAUUCUUUCAACUUGUAGAGAAAGCCACAAAGUAAUCCAAAUAAUGACCUUUUUACCUUUGAUUUAUUUGCUCUUUUUAUUCGUAACCGGUGACCCGAAUUGAACCCGCGACAUGCGAUUCGUGCGACCCGUAUGAACGAACCGAUUAACCCAACAUACAAUUCCAACAAUUUCCAAUUCCAAUCUUCCAAAUCAAUCCGCAAACCAAACGCCCCCUUAGAGUUAAAGUCUUAGUAUGAUUGGUUUUUUUUUUCUUAAAUCAGUGCUUAAAACUAGUAUUGUAUUAAAUUCACAUUAAGAUGAUGUGGUUUUGGUUUUUUCUUCCAACCCAUAGUUCAGUGCUUAAAACUAGUAUUGUAUUGAAUUCACAUUAAGAUCAUGUACAUAACUGUAUGAUUGCGUUCUUAUUUAUUUUAUUUAGUAUGACGAUAUUCUAAUUAAAUAAACUUUGCAAGUAAGAUUUCAUUUUUGAUUAUUGAAGACCCUAAAUCACUUGAUAAUUGACUUUCUUAUUUGUGUGUUCUUGCAAUAUUUAACUUUUGAAGUUGAAACUAGACUUAACUUGUUUUUGUUGAUAUGUUUGCGUGAUUUGUUGGUCUCGAUCAGGAAAAUGGAGCAGAUUUUAUAUGACCAAGUCGUUGCUCCUGUUGUGAAAUUUAUGGCAAGUCAUAUCACGAAACACCUAGGAUAUGUGUUUUGCUCUACAAAACAUGUUACGGGCAUGAAAGAUAAAUUGAAAGAUUUGGUGGAUACAAGCACUGAAGUUAUAGAGCACAAGAACAGAAACGAAACAAAUGAUAAAGAGAUACCUGCUCGUGUAGAGGCUUGGUAGGGAGACGUUGAGAAGGUCAAGGAUGAAGUCCAAAGCAUCCCAAAUGAUGACAUUGGAUGUUUGCACUUGAAGAAUAGGUAUCGAGUGGGAAGAAACGCUUCUAAGGCUACUAUGAGGAUCCAAGAACUUAUUUCAAAAUAUUCUGACAUUACUUGGACCGAUGCCCCAUUGCCUACUGGAAGAGACACAUCCUCCACCAUUUCUACACCGUUAUCAUCGUCACCGGGUGGAGAUGACUUCAAGUCCAGAGACGUGCCGUUCAACGAUGCAUUGAAGCUCCUUCAACAAGACGACAACAAGAGUCAAGUGAUAGCCUUGUGUGGAAUGGGAGGUGUAGGAAAAACCACCAUGAUGGAACAACUUAAAAAAGUUGCAGAAGACAAGAAGAUGUUUGAUUUCUUUGUGAAAGUUACUCUUGGGAGUGUUGGUGAAAUCAGAGAUCAAACAAUGCACAACAGAAGCGAUAUUUGGGACAAUUUUCUGGGUUUUACUUCUCAAAUUGAAAAUACGAGUACAAGGGAAUAAUUGAAAAGGUGCUCAACAAAUAAAGCUAUUCCUACUGCUUAAAUACUGGAAACAAAUAAAAAAAAAACUGCAAUUAACAAUUAAAGCACGUAACCCCACGUUGUAGCCUUCGUGUGAUACCCAUGACAUCCACUUUGUUGAGUCCACAUUAAACACACGUGAGUAUCUUACUCGGUCAAGAGUUGACCAAGCAAACAUUAUCCUAACAUGCUUUCAAUUCAGAAUGAUAUAGCCGUAUGCAUUGGAGGCGAAGGUUUACGUGAAGAAACUGUAACAGCAAGGGCAGAUAGUCUCCGUAGAAAAUUUGAAAAAAAGUUAGAAGAGGAUAAAAAAAAGAUUCUAGUUAUAUUAGAUGAUGUGUGGGAGAAGGUUGAAAUAAAAGAUAUUGGACUAACAAGUCCUUUGCCAAAAGGCGUCAAGUUGUUGUUGACAUCAAGAUACUCAAAUAUUUGCACACAAAUUGCGGAUGCUUCCCUUCUUCAAGUAGUCCAAGUCAAUGUGUUGUCAGAUGAGGAAGCACAGAAGUUCUUUUCUGAAUAUACUGGAGUUUCUAAAGAACAUGAUCAUAAUCUGUUUCAAAUAGGAUGCGAUAUUGUCAAAAAAUGUGGUAAUUUGCCACUUGCCAUCAAGAUCAUUGGCAGAACCCUUAAAUCUCAAGAAAAAUAUGUGUGGAGGGAUACACUUGUCCGUCUAAAGAAUCAUGAUCUUGAUGAUAACGUGCAAGAAAUUAUCAGAAUAAGCUUCGAGUAUGUAAAAAAAGAUGAGGAGAAAGAGAUUUUUCUGCAUUGUGGCUUAUUUCCCGAGGACUCUGAUAUUAAAAUAGAGGAUCUGGUUAGACAUGCAUGGGGCCUAAAGUUGUUUAAAAAUGUUUCCACUUUGGGAGAGGCUCGAGACAGGACAUACACAUGUGUGCGCAAUCUCGUAAACGCUAAUUUGUUGAUGGACAGUGAAGAGCUUGGAUGUGUUAAAAUGCACGAUCUUGUGCUUGCUUUUGUCUUAGAAAGAGUUUCCAAAGGUGAUUUUGCCUGGAUUGUAAACCAUGGCAAUGUGUCCUCGUGGGGUAGAGACGAAAUGAAUGAAUCUUGCAAAAGAAUUUCAUUAACAUGCAUGGGUAUGUCGGAGUUUCCUAAAGACUUCAAGUACCCAGACCUCUCUUUUAUACAACUUAUGGACGGGGAUCAGUCGCUCAAGUUUCCGGAAGAUUUUUAUGCAAGUAUGGAAAAUCUCAAAGUCAUUGCAUUUUAUAGGAUGCGAUAUCCACCGCUUCCGACAUCUCUUCAAUUUUCGACCAAGCUUAAAUCACUUUGUCUCCGUAAAUGCAAAUUGAUGUCUGAUUGGUCUUUCAUUGGAGAUCUUGUGAAUUUGGAGGUGCUCAGUCUUGCCUACUGUGGCAUCCAGAAGUUACCAUCUACGAUAGGGAAUCUAAGAAAGCUGAAGUUACUAGAUCUGACAGAAUGUGUCGACCUUCAUAUUGAUGAUGGCGUCUUUAUAAAUUUAGUCAAACUUGAAGAGCUUUAUAUGAGAUGUUCUUAUAAUAAUAGAAUCUGCUUCACGGAUGCUAAUUUGGAAGAGUUAAAGAAGCUUUUAUGCCAACUUUGUGCAUUAGAGGUCGAAUUCUAUGAUAUGAACCACCUAAAAGAUGUAUCCUUUGAGAAACUUGAUAAGUUCAAGAUAUCUAUAGGUGAUGUGUACUUUGGAAAAAUAACUUCAUUCAAAACUACGUUACAACUACACCUUCGGGACGAGCACAGAAGCGACCUUGUGGAGUAUAAAAUUGAUGAGUUGGUCAAGAAAUCAGAGAGUCUAUUUUUAAGUAUGGAGCAUAUGAGUCAUCUUGAAGAUUUUGUUCCAGUCAAUCCUUCUGAUCAAAGCUUUUUUUGUAUCUAAGAGACUUUCGUGUUCAUCGUUGUCAUAAGUUGAAAUACCUCUUCCCAACACAUGUGACACGUGGUUUGAGGAAACUUGAGCGCCUCACAAUUUUGUCAUGUUCUGUUUUGGAAGCAGUGGUGCAUGAUUACAAUGGCGAGAUAAAUGGUAAAGGCGAGAAGAUCAUUUUUGAGGAGCUAAAGUAUUUAUCUUUAGGUGGCUUACCAGAGCUUGUACGUUUGUUCCCGGUUGACAGUGUGGUUGAGCUACCGCAACUGGUUGAACUGAAAGUUAGUAGACUUCGCAGCAUCACUAGCAUUUAUCCUGACAAUAAAAAUACUUCUGCAUUGCAACAAGCACUCUUUAACAGUCAGGUUAGAACUUCCAUGUUAAGAGACAUUAAGGUGGAAGAGUGUGAUAGGCUUGAGAAUCUAUUUCCAACCAAUCCAAUGCGAUUAUUGAAACAUCUAGAACAAAUAACAAUUUCAAGGUGUUCUUCCCUUCGAGAGAUAUUCAACAUAGACUUGGAAUGUUUUGGUGAAGUUGAACAAGUUAUCAACAUCCCCUUGCGUUACAUUUAUGUGCAUCUUUUUAACAAAGAGUGUCACGUGUGGAGUAUAAAAGGCGGUCAAAGAAACUCAAGUUUUCAUGACUUUGAUAGAGUGAGCGAGAAGAGUGAACUGAUUAAUGGUAUACCAAAUGAUUAUGGAGAAUAUGAAUAUUAUACGACAUAUGUUCACAUUUCGCACCAACCGAGUCCAAAUUCGAUUCGGUUAAGAAGAGGAAGAGAUUAAGUUUUUGAGGAGAAUAGUUCGUAUUCCGUCAAUUUGGUGCUCACUUCCAUCAAUAUGAAGAGCUGUGAAGGAAUGAAAGAAGUGAUAUCUAAAGUGUAUCAUUGAUGGUUGUGGUGUUCAUUAUGAAUUUAGAUAAGCAUUCUAAGUGUUUCUUUUAUAUAUCCAAUAUUUCUUUACUUAUCUAUACUCUCAUUGUUUAUAUGAUAUCUUUUAGCUACUUUUUAGAGUU